UAUAUACACAUUUUCCCCUCUUUUCUUUCCCCACACAAUCAACCCACUCUACAUAAACACAACUCAUCCCAUUUUUCUCUUUCUAUUCCAUUCUUUCCCUAAAUAUGACUCUUCAACCACUCAAUUCCUCCACUCCAUCUCUAAACACUCUAGAGAAUCCAAUUCUCAAGAAAAAACGCUCUAAACGACCUCGUUUUGAUGAUUCCUCUUCUCCUUCCGAUGAAGAAUAUCUCGCUCUUUGCCUUAUCAUGCUCGCUCGCGGCGACUCCUCCGCCAAAUCCACCACCACAACCACCGCUACAACCGCCGUAUAUAAAUGUGCGGUUUGCGACAAGGAAUUCUCAUCUUACCAAGCUUUAGGCGGUCACAAAGCUAGUCACCGGAAACCUGCUACAACAACCGACGGUUUACCUGACGGAAUAGCUACUAUUACUGCCACGUCAUCUCCAUCCACCACCGGAAAAUCACACGUGUGCUCUAUAUGUAACAAGUCUUUUCCUACUGGUCAAGCUUUAGGCGGCCAUAAACGAUGUCACUAUGAAGGUAGUUUGAAUUUUAAUAGUAGUAAAUUAAGUUCCGUCGUCGCGAACGGAAACUCCGCCGUCACAAGUAAAAUAAAUUCUGCCGCCGCGAAUUCUGCCACAUCAACGGUGACGCAUAGUAGGGUGAUGGAUUUCGACUUGAAUAUGCCGGCGGUGCCUGAUAAUUUGACCGUUGACUUUGACGGAGUCGUCGAUCAUGUUUCGUUUGAUCAAGAAGUUGAAAGUCCUCAUCCCUCCAAGAAGUCUCGUCCUUUCACUCUCUAAUUUAUUUAUAUUAAUGGUAUUUCAUUUUUAGUUUAUCAUCACAAACAUAAGUUUUUUACUUUUUAUUUUUAUACUAUUUUUUUUGUAAAUAUACAGUUUGAUUAUACUUAUAUUUAUGAAUUAUAUUAUAGUGUUGGGUGAAUGAGAUAUGAAUAAAUAUAAUUAAAAUUAGGAAAAUAUUUUAUAGAAUUAGAAUGGUUUGAAUAAUCACUUAUAUGAAUUUUAUUGUUUUUAUUAUGGUCUUUUGUGUUAUAUUUUUCUUGUCAUA